UGGGCUUCACCGCCUGACAAGAUGGGAAGGGCGUGCCAAGCGAUCAUCUGUGGGCCAGCCGCUGCCGGCACCCUGCUAGCGGAUAACUUUUGUGAUCUUAUCGACAAGACUUCGAGUUCGGACGACAACAACGAUACCUAGGUACCUGGUAUUUGGCACUGUGUCGACACCAACCGUGCUCGCUUCAUACCCGACUCGAAACCUGACCUUGGUAACCGCUGGUACCACUAGUUUCAUCAGACUCCAGGGAUUGAGGAUUUGGAGACGAUUGCCGUCUCUGACCACCUCUCCCUUCCCUACCACAAUGGCUACAUUACCACCGUCAACAUCACCCCCCGCCUCCUCCUCCUUCGCACCUCAAGGCGACACCAACCAACAAAGACCACAACCACAGCAGAGCCAACAACCAUCCAACUCUCGACCCUUACCCCGCUUUCUCGAAAACGACCCGGCCCGCACGGGCUACGACCCCUCCCUCAAAUGGUGGAUGAACUACUUCAAGAUCCUGACGGGCCAGAUCACGCCCGAGGGGAUCGAGCACUACCGCGAAGACCGAUACAAGGCCAACGAGGCGCGGGACUGCGCGCGCUGCGAGGCCGACCGCGACUUCCUCUUCAAGUACUCGCCCGUCAUCCGCUUCCUGCGCGACAAGGUGUCGGCCCUGAACGGGACGCUCGACGAGACCAACGUCGUGUGCCGGCGGUGUCCCGCGCGCGUGGCCGAGGACGGGCGCGUCGUGCGCCAGGGCGGCGGCUUCAGCCCGGACCAUGGGAUCCUGAUCUGCGCGAACGAGAUGCGGGACAGGAGCCACCUGGAGGACACCCUCGCGCAUGAGAUGGUGCAUGCGUGGGACCAUCUGAGGUGGAAGGUGGAUUGGGCGGGAGCAAAAAGUCUCAGGCAUGCUGCGUGUACUGAGAUUCGAGCGUCGAUGCUGAGUGGAGAGUGUCGCUGGACGAGAGAGGCGAUGGUGAGGGGGAAUUGGAAGCUGACGGAGCAGUUCCAGAACUGCGUGCGGAUGCGGGCGAUACAGUCGGUCAUGGCAAGACCGGCGUGUAGGGACGACGUACAUGCGACCAAGGUGGUCAACGAGGUGUGGGACUCGUGUUUCUCGGAUAAACGGCCAUUUGAAGAGGUAUAUCGUUGACGUCUUGUUAGCCGGGCGGCUCUUUGGGUAGCUACGCCCUAGGUGUAUGUACUAAUGUAUAUAUUAUGGAUACCGAACUUGUCCAC